AUGCUUGAAAAAGCAAUACCAUCUCGUAUCGUUAUCGAUAACGAGCCCACGCUUGUAACUGGACAAAAACAAAACCAAUCUCAAACGAGUCCUCCAGCAGCGGCGGUUUCAAAUUUUUCAACGUCAUCCAACAAACAACACAAUAGCGACUCUUCACAGAUGCAAGCCGACGCAAGCGAAAGCGAAGACGACGACUAUGAGGACGACGAUAAAAACAACAACGACAGUGAAGGUGAGGGUGACGAACCAAUUGAUAACGGCAAGAAGUCCGGUACUGUAGCCGGCGUAGUGUCGGCAGUGUCGGACGUGGUCGGUUGUAGUGAUUAA